AUGAGUACCCUUAGCUGGAACUGCCGUGGCUUGGGUAAUCCACGCACGGUUCGUGAGAUUGUGGACAUGGUGUCCCGAAAGCAACCCGACUUUGUAUUUCUGAUGGAAACUAAAGUGGCACGCGAUCAUGCAGAGCGAUUACGUGUUAAGAUAGGAUAUGAGGGUCUAUUUUAUGUUGAUAGUGAUGGGUUGAGUGGUGGUAUAGCGUUAUUGUGGAAAAAGAAUUGUACGGCCCGGCUGCUGAGUUACUCAACGAACUACGUUGAUGUUGGGGAAACCAUUGCUGGCUUUCCGGAAUGGAGAAUGACGGGUUAUUAUGGUUUCUCGGAACGAACGAGGCACACUGAGUCAUGGGAUCUCUUGAGAACACUAUCGGGCAGGUCAACCCUCCCAUGGGUUGUCAUCGGAGAUUUUAAUGAUUUGCUGUAUCAGAAUGAGAAAAGAGGGGGGAAUCCACAUCCGAAUAGUCUCCUACGCGGUUUUGGGGAAGCUAUUGAGGACUGUGGGCUUGCUCAGAUGCCUAUGACUGGGUAUCCGUACACAUGGGAGAAGGGGAAGGGGACAGAAAAAUGGAUGGAGGAGAGGCUAGAUAAGGUCUUAGUGACAAAUGAGUGGCGGGGUGUGGUGACGGGGGCUAAGGUGAUGAAUCUGAGAACCCGGAAAUCUGAUCACUCGGCUCUCUUUCUGGGGAUUCGUGAGUACGGUGGGGGUGUUGGGCCUGGGAGGAGGGGGUUCCGGUUUGAGAUGACAUGGUUGCAUGAUGAGGGGUGUAGGAGUGUGGUAGAGCAGUCUUGGCAGGAGGGGAGGAGCCAGGGUUUACAGAAUUGCAUUCAGUACUGUGGGAACCGGUUAACACGAUGGGGUGGGAACCGAUACCAUAAGUACGGAAAACGGAUCAAUGAGCUGACAAGGGAACAAUAG